AGGUAACUCCCAUCUCCCCACGGGGAUUACGGGGAAGAAAGGCAGUCCCUGCCUGCCUCCCUUCCAUACAUAAAACAGUGCGGCUUUUGCAGGAACUUCUGGAAUGAGGUGUCCCAAAGGAAAAACUCUAGGAUGGGAGCGAGUGCGACCCCGGCCGGGCUCCCCCAUCACCCUGUGAUCGAUCUAUUCUGGGGACGUUCGCACUCGGGGCUCUAGAAAACGGAGAAAGGCUCGGAAAUUUCCCACGGUCCUAGACGCCGGCGGGGACAGGGUCUUUUCUACUUUUUGAAGAUUUUAAAGAAAGCAAACCCCAGGCCAGCAGCGGCGGAGCCCACAGUGGCCCGGGGGCGGGGCGGUGAGGCUGCCUCCUCCUGGGCCUCACCCGGCGCGGCUCGAGGCCUACCGCCCUGAGUCGCCUCAGAGAAGUCGGGGCCAGCGGGGUCGCUCCUCCCCACCCACCAAAUCCUGGCCCCAAGGCCCCCGCAUUGGUCCUCACGGAGGUAGCCAAGCUGUAGCGCAGCUCCUCGUCCAAGUCCAGCAAAUCCUCCAUCUCCGCGGCCGCCUGACGUCACUUCCUGGAAACCGACUCUCCCAGCCGCGUCCCUGCUAACAGCCGCGCCCCUCCAUCCCAAUUUUUAAAGGGUACGCAGCAUGGUUCCUGGAUUCUGUGUGCCGUCCUCCAAACUACCGAAUCUUUCUUAAACCUGCCUUGCUUGACAUCUGGAAGCAACCUCCGGUUAUUAAAACUCGCCAAGGCUGCUCCUGCGAGACGAGAAGCAGGGGACAGAAGCAAUGGCCGAGGCAGAAGACAAGCCGAGGUGCUGGUGACCCUGGGCGUCUGAGUGGAUGAUUGGGGCUGCUGCGCUCAGAGGCCUGCCUCCCUGCCUUCCAAUGCAUAUAACCCCACACCCCAGCCAAUGAAGACGAGAGGCAGCGUGAACAAAGUCAUUUAGAAAGCCCCCGAGGAAGUGUAAACAAAAGAGAAAGCAUGAAUGGAGUGCCUGAGAGACAAGUGUGUCCUGUACUGCCCCCACCUUUAGCUGGGCCAGCAACUGCCCGGCCCUGCCUCUCCCCACCUACUCACUGGUGAUCUGACUUUUUUUUUUUUUUUUUAACUUUUUUUUCCCUUUUCUUUUCCAUUCUCUUUUCUUAUUUUCCUUCAAGGCAAGGCAAGGAUUUUGAUUUUGGGACCCAGCCAUGGUCCUUCUCCUUCUUUAAAAUACCCACUUUCUCCCCAUCGCCAAGCGGCUUUUGGCAAUAUCAGAUAUCCGCUCUAUUUAUUUUUACCUAAGGAAAAACUCCAGCUCCCUUCCCACUCCCAGCUGCCUUGCCACCCCUCCCAGCCCUCUGCUUGCCCUCCACCUGGCCUGCUGGGAGUCAGAGCCCAGCAAAACCUGUUUAGACACAUGGACAAGAAUCCCAGCGCUACAAGGCACACAGUCCGCUUCUUCGUCCUCAGGGUUGCCAGCGCUUCCUGGAAGUCCUGAAGCUCUCGCAGUGCAGUGAGUUCAUGCACCUUCUUGCCAAGCCUCAGUCUUUGGGAUUUGGGGAGGCCGCCUGGUUUUCCUCCCUCCUUCUGCACGUCUGCUGGGGUCUCUUCCUCUCCAGGCCUCGCCGUCCCCCUGGCCUCUCUUCCCAGCUCACACAUGAAGAUGCACUUGCAAAGGGCUCUGGUGGUCCUGGCCCUGCUGAACUUUGCCACGGUCAGCCUCUCUCUGUCCACUUGCACCACCUUGGACUUCGGCCACAUCAAGAAGAAGAGGGUGGAAGCCAUUAGGGGACAGAUCUUGAGCAAGCUCAGGCUCACCAGCCCCCCUGAGCCAACGGUGAUGACCCACGUCCCCUAUCAGGUCCUGGCCCUUUACAACAGCACCCGGGAGUUGCUGGAGGAGAUGCAUGGGGAGAGGGAGGAAGGCUGCACCCAGGAAAACACCGAGUCGGAAUACUAUGCCAAAGAAAUCCAUAAAUUCGACAUGAUCCAGGGGCUGGCGGAGCACAACGAACUGGCUGUCUGCCCCAAAGGAAUUACCUCCAAGGUUUUCCGCUUCAAUGUGUCCUCAGUGGAGAAAAAUAGAACCAACCUGUUCCGAGCAGAAUUCCGGGUCUUGCGGGUGCCCAACCCCAGCUCUAAGCGGAAUGAGCAGAGGAUCGAGCUCUUUCAGAUCCUUCGGCCGGAUGAGCACAUUGCCAAACAGCGCUAUAUCGGUGGCAAGAAUCUGCCCACACGGGGCACUGCCGAGUGGCUGUCCUUUGAUGUCACUGACACUGUGCGUGAGUGGCUGUUGAGAAGAGAGUCCAACUUAGGUCUAGAAAUCAGCAUUCACUGUCCAUGUCACACCUUUCAGCCCAAUGGAGAUAUCCUGGAAAACAUUCAUGAGGUGAUGGAAAUCAAAUUCAAAGGCGUGGACAAUGAGGAUGACCAUGGCCGUGGAGAUCUGGGGCGCCUCAAGAAGCAGAAGGAUCACCACAACCCUCAUCUAAUCCUCAUGAUGAUUCCCCCACACCGGCUCGACAACCCGGGCCAGGGGGGUCAGAGGAAGAAGCGGGCCUUGGACACCAAUUACUGCUUCCGCAACUUGGAGGAGAACUGCUGUGUGCGCCCCCUCUACAUUGACUUCCGACAGGAUCUGGGCUGGAAGUGGGUCCAUGAACCUAAGGGCUACUAUGCCAACUUCUGCUCAGGCCCUUGCCCAUACCUCCGCAGUGCAGACACAACCCACAGCACGGUGCUGGGACUGUACAAUACUCUGAACCCUGAAGCAUCUGCCUCGCCUUGCUGCGUGCCCCAGGACCUGGAGCCCCUGACCAUCCUGUACUAUGUUGGGAGGACCCCCAAGGUGGAGCAGCUCUCCAACAUGGUGGUGAAGUCUUGUAAAUGUAGCUGAGACCCCACCUGCGACAGAGAGAGGGGAGAGAGAACCACCACUGCCUGACUGCCCGCUCCUCGGGAAACACACAAGCAACAAACCUCACCGAGAGGCCUGGAGCCCACAACCUUCGGCUCCGGGCAGAUGGCUGGGCUGAGAUGGAGGUUUCCUUUUGGAACAUUUCUUUCUUGCUGGCUCUGAGAAUCACGGUGGUAAAGAAAGUGUGGGUUUGGUUAGAGGAAGGCUGAACUCUUCAGAACACACAGACUUUCUGUGACGCAGACGGAGGGGAUGGGGAUAGAGGAAAGGGAUGGCAAGUCGAGAUGUUGUGUGGCAAUGGGAUUUGGGCUACCCUAAAGGGAGGAGGAAGGGCAGAGAAUGGCCGGGUCAGGGCCAGACGGGAAGACACUUCAGAUCUGAGGUUGGAUUUGCUAAUUGCUUACCACAUCUGCUCUAGGGAAUCUGGAUUAUGUUAUACAAGGCAAGCAUUUUUUUUUAAAGACAGGUUACCAAGACAAAGUCCCAGAAUUGUAUCUCACACUGUCUGGGAUUAAGGGCAAAUCUAUUACUUUUGCAAACUGUCCUCUACAUCAAUUAACAUCAUGGGUCACUACAGGGAGAAAAUCCAGGUCAUGCAGUUCCUGGCCCAUCAACUAUAUCGGGCCUUUUGGAUAUGCUGAACGCAGAAGAAAGGGUGGGAAUCAACCCUCUCCUGUCUGCCCUCUGGGUCCCUCCUCUCAGCUCUCCCUCGAUUAUAUUUCCCCUUGGACACUUGGUUAGACGCCUUCCAGGUCAGGAUGCACACUUCUGGAUUGUGGUUCCAUGCAGCCUUGGGGCAUUAUGGGUUCUUCCCCCCCUUCCCCUCCAAGACCCUGUGUUCAUUUGGUGUUCCUGGAAGCAGGUGCUACAACAUGUGAGGCAUUCGGGGAAGCUGCACAUGUGCCACACAGUGACUUGGCCCCAGAUGCAUAGACUGAGGUAUAAAGACAAGUAUGAAUAUUACUCUCAAAAUCUUUGUAUAAAUAAAUAUUUUUGGGGCAUCUUGGAUGAUUUCAUCUUCUGGAAGAUUGUUUCUAGAACAGUAAAAGCCUUAUUCUAAGGUG